GACGCGCAGCCGCUUUGGAGGCAUCGACGGUGCGGCUGCGUGGAGCGUCGUCAUCUGCGAGGAAAUUAGAAAUGAAGAAGCCUCGUUUUCGUCACAGCGCCUGAUUAAGACAGCAAAUAGAUAAACAGAGCCUCAUCUAUUUUCUUAUCUGCGCGUUCAUGUGCCUCCUAUGGCUUUUAGCAGCGGAACCACAUUAGGAGAACAGGUGUGAUCUUCUCUCAGAGAUGGCAGUGAGCAGAUCAGAGCCGCUCCGUCAGCUGUGCGUUUACCAGGGAGCCUUUAAAGUGGAGUUACAGGUGAGGAGACCUCUGAUGCCCGUCCAGCUGAGUCCUGAGCAGGUGGGCCUGGAGAUGCUGUGUCUCUGCGGGCAGCUGGACCUCCUCAUCAGGGCACAGAUGCAGCAGUUUCAGGAGCAGUUAGGACAGGGCUGUAGCCCCGAGGAGUCGGACACCUUCCAGACUCAAGGAUCGGAGAUUCUUGACCAGAUGCUGCAGUGCCUUGAACAUCUACCAAAGCCUAUGCCACAGCUGGAGGACUACCUGGACUUGGUGGGUCUGUCGGCGAUGUUUCCUCGUGUUGAGGUGUUUCUCAUUCAAGGCAGUCCUGUCGACAUGCUGGAGAGGCCGCCGAUGGACGAAUAUUUCUUCCACGUUGCCAGACUGAACCAGCUCCUGGUGCUGAGCCAACAGCUGGAGGAGGACAUCAGGCACCUUGGGAGUCAUAAGUACAUCGCCCACCAGCUCUCCGUUAUAUACCAAGUCAUCAGCUCUUUCAGGGGAAUUCAGGUCUUCUCUGAAAUAAAGAGGGAUAUUGAGGCCAACUUCAAACAGAUGAAACAAUCUCUGGUGGCAGAGGAAGGCUCCAGGCAUGAACCUCAGCUGGCUGCUCAUUAUAUCAACUGGAUAUUAGAAAUAACUCAGAGCCUAACAGCGGUGGUGUUGCAACUGCCGGAGCCGCUGACAGAAGACAUUCACCAGGCCGUGACCUUCAUGUCCCAGUUCCUGUCCUGACUCGCCCCGAUGAACGCCUCUGCAUCUACGAGUCUCCUGAUCAUGUUAUGACUGUGAAAAGGUGCUACACAAUUUGAUCCAACUGAAUAACGGUGGGAUUGGGUAAUCAUGUAGUUGUUUUUUUACAUCGUCUCUCUGAAUGUGGCCCUGAUUAUUCCCUGUGGUGAGUCGGUUGUUUGGGAUUGAAUGUAAGCCUGCUAAAUCCCUCUUUGCACUAUACUGUUACAACUACUGUUACAUUUUUUAACCUGAAGUGAAAUAAUAAAACUGAAUGCAAAAGGGAAAUGUGCUUGCUGUCU